AUGCCUUUUCGGUCCUCUUCCGAAAUUAGUGCAUUCUCGGGAACACUUUCGCAUUAUGAAAAGAUUGUCUCUUCGACGGCAACACUUUCAGAAGAGCUCCUGUCCGGUUGUUCAGGAAAUGUCUUCAUCUGUGGAUUGGACAUACAGCAGUAUCGAUCACAGUCCCGCAAACAAAUCGGCCUAUGCCCACAAGCGAAUGCACUUUUCAACAAAUUAACAGUCGAUGAGCACCUUUGGCUUAUACAUGGGAUUAAAGGAGCCAGCGGUGAUUAUAAGGAGGAAGGGCAACAACUACUUGACCAACUUAAUUUGGAUGAAAAAUCCAAUGAGCUCGCAAUGAAUCUCUCCGGCGGUCAGAAGCGUAAGCUCUCCGUGUCAAUGGCGGUGAUCGGACAUAGUUCCGUGGUGUUGCUGGAUGAACCUACAGCUGGUAUGGAUCCAGGUGCUCGAAGAGAUGUAGAGGCGCUUCUGGAAACGAUUAAAGUGGAUCGAACAGUUCUGCUCACUACUCAUUUUAUGGAUGAAGCAGAAGUGCUAGGAGAUCGCAUUGCAAUCAUGGUCCAUGGUCAAGUGCACUGCUGUGGGACACAGCAGUUUUUGAAGAAAAGAUUUGGGAGCGGCUAUGUGAUGACGGUCGUGGUCGAUGAGGAAGCUAGUACUCAAGAAAUCGCCGAAACAUUAGCUAAGACCGCUGCAAGAUACAUUCCUGGAGCCGAAAAAGGCAAGGUGCACGGAAAACAGUUCGAAAUCAUUCUACCGAAGGGGCAGCAGGAAAAAGUUGAGAUUAUGAGCUACUACGUAGGAGGCGUUGCAUUUGAAGAUUUUUCCAGUAGCAGUAAGAAAUGA